UAAAGGAACUCAAAAAAACAAAUUUUUAGUCCAAAGAAUGAUCAAGGUCACUUCUCUUUUUUGUACAAUCCAAAAACUGUAAUGACGGUUCAAUGUACUAGAGAUGUCUGUUUAAAAAAAAACAUCGAUACAUCGUCUAUUUAUAUAUCGUGUCUAAAAUUUUCGAUGCAUCGAAACAAAACAUCGAUAUUUCGAUGCAUCGAUGUUUUUUCGAUAUCCCUAGUUGACAUGGUUGUUUACAAAAUUUAUUGGGGAUUAGAAACAAUCAAGGAACAAUCAUUCGGGAAGCGCCUGCUCAGAAAAAUGUCAAAUUUGAAUAAAUCUACUUCCGAUAAACUACAUAUAAUCGACAGAAAAACAUUCGAGUGUAUCCAAAACCAACAGAAUACGGCUAACGUUGAACCGUUCCGCAAAAUCCGUAAUUCAAAGUUUCGGAAAAAGAACCCGGCGGAAGGAGGACAUGGUGCUUCUUUUAAUUUGAUGCAGUUUCUUACAAAAACACCCAAGCAAAAACAGAAGGCAAAAAAACUCAAGCGCCACGCUGUCUGUAAAUUUGGAAGACAUACCGAUAAGGCAAGGAAGAAAAGGGGUAAAACUAGGGAAGGGGGCAAACGGAAAAAGCUUUCUAGGCUAAAGAAAGCUAUCUUCCGGUGCAGAAAACGGAAAAGUCAGAGGGAAUCUAGUGUUGAACAAAGUGCUGAGUUACUAAAAGAAACUGCGGAUAAAAUUUCAGCGCUGACUAUAGAUUCAAAAGAUGAAAAAAAUAACACGAAACGUAUCACUCCUAAGCAUAAUCAAGGGAUUGUAAAAACAUUGCACUCCAGGCGAUUCCGCAGACUGAGUCUUACAGAUUUAAGAUUACUAUUGCACAGUUAUUGCGAUAAUUGCACCACACCGAUGCUAGCUGAAUUAACGGAGGAAUUACUUCGAGAACUGGAUCGCUUUCAAAAACGUGCCUUAUCUCAAAAUGCAAUAAAAGCCCAUGCACAUCGGCGUUUUGUUGUAGGGAUUCGAGAAACGCAGAGCUACUUACUUGUAAACAAAGUAAAACUGAUUAUUAUUGCACCAGAUUGCGAAAUCUGCGAGGGCGAAGACGGGCUAGACGCUAAAAUUUCCAAUAUUAAAAGCCAAUGCCAGCAGCAGAGCAUUCCUUAUCUAUUUGCAUUGCGUCGGCGGCAACUGGCAUAUGCCUUAUUUAAAAAAGCUCCAAUAAGUUGUGUUGCUAUACUUGAUUAUGAUGGAGCUCGUGAAGUGUUUUCCAAAUUGUUGGCAGCAUUGGUAAAAGCUCGGCAAUCUUAUGAAGAUCUCACGUGAUGCAGAGUGGAUUCAGCAAUGCUACUACAACAAUGUAACGUUGACAACUAUCAGGAAAGAUUCGAAUAAAUAAUAACCAAAUAUCGUUAUGCAAAGUUAUUAUAAUUAAAAUACACUACUUGUCAAAACGCGCCUAAUAUCAAAAAGAAUACCAAAAAACUUCGAUUGUUUCUUAUCCAAUUUUUUUUUAACACAUGUAAAUA